AUGGAUGAUUAUCGUAUUUUGUUUUAUGGAAGUUUAUCAGGUUGUCUAUCUGAAGUUGGAGGAAAUUUAUCAAAUUUUUGGAGUUAUAUAGGACAUUAUCAUUCGGCUAAUCCAUUUUUAUGUUCAAGAGGAAUAUUCCAUGAUUGGGAUUAGAAAAAAAGGUAAUAAAUUAAAUUUUACAGAGAUUUCUUCAAUAGAGUUUAAUCAAUGAUUUAUAUUCCAAAAGAUUAUUAAAGAAAUUGCAAAAUGAUGUUAAAUGGAACUCUAUAGCCUGGGGCUUAAGGUUUUAUAUAAAAGAAAACCUUAAUAUAAAAAUCAAGAAAGAAAGUUCAAAUUUCAAUUAAUCUUUCAGGUAUUUAAAAUAUAAAUAGAAUUAAUUUUUAUAUUCUUUCGUGUUCGGAAGCAUUGCACAACUUUUCUGCUCAUCCUUAUUUCAAAUAAGGAACUUAUUUAAAAGUGAAUAAUUUUUUAGUUUCCAAAGUUUCUCCAUCAGAUUGAUAUAAUUUGGAGCACUAUUUGGGUAAAAUUAUCUUCUAAUUUAAUAAGAACAUAUGACAUGGUUAAAAUUAUAAUGAAAAACAAGGAACAAUAAAAAUUUUUUAUAAUUUAAACCUAUCUUGCAGCUUAAUUUUCAAGUCUAAUUGCCUGCUUUACAGAUUCAUUGUUUUAUUUUUUUAUUAACAAAUCCUCAAGAUUUUAUUUUUUUUAUGGAGAACGUAUUUUGGUUUCAAAAAAUGGCUUAGCUCUAUUUCUUUUUGAUUAGCUUUCUUCAAAAGAUGGGAUAGCAUGA